CCGAGAGGAAAGGAAAGUACAAAUAGUCGGGGACGGAGACGCUCACGAAGGCAACGUGCUCGCCGAAUUGUGAGCGUAGCGUUCUAGCCGCAAGGACCGGCCUGAAGUGGCCAGCUUCAGGACUUCUGCCUAUGCGCAAAAAAGCGGGAACGAAGCGCAAUGCCUAGAGAACGAAGCGCAAUGCCCUGAGAACAACGACGGGAUCGACGUCGCGGCGCUUGCCACGUUUACGCCAAGUUUGCCUCCGCGACAGACCUGAUUGGAAAAGAGGCAGCGCCCACGCCCUUCGCAGGAGACACGCGAUUGACGCAAGUCUCAGGAGGAGUACUUGCCUCUUCGUGAUCAUCCUAACCUAGCAGACCUCCAAUAUCAAAUCCAGACUGGCCCAAGUGCUUCACAAAAACCCGCCAUCGUGCUCCCUAGCACGUUGAGGCGAGCAAGAAUGCAAAGUGCUUCCUGGUAGGAUGUCUGGUAAUCUUCUGAGACCCCACUCCCUUUACUACGAAGUCUGGAGUAUUCAAGUACUGAACGUCUCUGCCCGUGUGUCCAAUCACGAUGUUCAAGGCGACUUUGCCGAAUUCAGCCCAUCCUGGAGACAUGGCGUCAGUUUGCGACACACUGUAAUGGUAUCCUCCUCCUUGUUUUGCUUCUGCCCAAAUCCCAGACACGUUCAAUGCCUGGAAAUAAAGUAAAGGUCGCCACAAUUGGUGGCCAGACUAAAAACAUCAGCCUGCAAUCGAAACAUCGCUCUGUCGCCCCCCUCUGCACGAGGGAUGUUGAUCAGAACGUGCCUGCCCGGAUUCAUCAGAUCGAACCGCUCCCCAUGAAUGUUUUGCAGGUGGGGAUCACCAGCGGCCGACGGCAUCGCGGUCGUGGGGAAGGGCGUUGGGAGCGAGGGCACCAUGCCGCUCCCAAUUGGAACCACUUGCACGAACGAAUUCCUGUCAACUGUGGUUGCAUCGCCCAAUUCGCCCCAACCGUUAAAACCCACCGCCUGCAAAGACCCGUCGUUCUGCAGGACCACCGUGUGAUGUCCACCUGCUGCAGCAGCAAUCCCCCCACUUGCAACCACUUGCACGAACUCCUUCCUACUUUGGUCAUUGGUUCCAUCGCCCAAUUGGCCAUAAGUGCCCCGACCCACCGUGUGCACAGACCCGUCGUUCUGAAGGACCACCGUGUGAGAAUAACCUGAUGCAAUAGCAAUCCCCCCACUUGGAACCACUUGCACGAACUCAUACCUGUGAACUGUGGUUCCGUCGCCUAAGUGGCCAAAAUUGUUCAAACCAACCGUGUGCACAGACCCGUCGUUCUGCAGGACCACCGUGUUAUGACCACCUACUGCAACAGCAAUUCUCCCACUUGGAACCUCUUGCAGGAACUCAUUCCUGCUGACUUGGGUUCCAUCGCCCAAUUGACCAUAAUUGUUCUCACCCACCGUGUGCACAGACCCGUCGUUCUGCAGGACCACCGUGUGAGAGUGACCUGCUGCAACAGCGAUUCCCCCACUUGGAACCACUUACACGAACUCAUUCCUGUCAAAAUUGGUUCCAUCGCCCAAUUGGCCAUGACCGUUCCAACCCACCGUGUGCACAGACCCGUCGUUCUGCAGGACCACCGUGAAAUAAUUACCUGCUGCAGCAGCAAUCACCCCACUUGGAAUCGCUUGCACGAACUCAUGCCUGUCAACUGUGGUUCCGUCGCCCAAUUGGCCAUAAGCGGUGUAAGCCACCCCGUGCACAGACCGUCAGCACGCAUCUUCUGCUCGGACUUGAAGGGUAUGUCGCGUUUACAAUUGGUCGGCCAGGCACUGCUGAGCAGCAAGAACAAGAGGAUGCAUGGCGAAACCCGCAGCUAGUGAAUGGCAAGAAUAGUAAGAUGCAAGUAAGUGUCAAGUGAAUGGCAAGAAUGGCCGCUUGAGCAAAAAAUCGCU